CCGCCCCCGCGGGCGCACGGUGGUGACGUCUGGAGUCCGCGACGCUUUUGAGAAGCUGAUCGCUGGGGUCCUGCUGACUGACCGGCGGGUCCCGGGCGCCAUGGCCUCCGCCGGAGUGGCCGCCGGGCGACAGGCCGAGGAUGCGUUACCGCCGCCGGCCGAGCCGCCGCUGCCCGAGACGAAGCCGCUGCCGCCUUCGCAGCCGCCGCCUCCGGUCGCCGCGCCUCAGCCGCAGCAGUCGCCGGCGCCGAGGCCUCAGUCACCCGCCGGCGUGAAGGAAGAGGAGAAUUACUCCUUUUUACCUUUGGUUCACAACAUCAUCAAAUGCAUGGACAAGGACAGCCCGGACAUCCACCAGGACCUGAACGCCCUCAAAACCAAGUUCCAGGAGAUGCGGAAAGUCAUCAGCGCCAUGCCCGGCAUCCACCUGAGCCCUGAGCAGCAGCAGCAGCAGCUGCACAGCCUCCGGGAGCAGGUCAGGACCAAGAACGAGCUUCUGCAGAAGUAUAAGAGCCUCUGCAUGUUUGAGAUCCCCAAGGAGUAGACGAGGCCGGCUUCCAGGAAGGCCCGGGAAAGAAGCGGAAGAACACACAGCCUCCCUGACUCCCCCAACCAGUGCCUCGAACUCCAGCUGUGAACUCUGUAAUCCUUAAUCCGGGGCUGCUGUAGCUGCUUCCAGAGCCAAACUUGGCAUCGACUGUGUGGGGAGCCAGCGCUCAGGCUUGGAUUGUUGGGGCCUCCUUGUAGAGGAUGUGUCCAUAUGUCUAGAUGCAUAAUAACCGGAGUGCCUGCUGGUGGAAGGAAGACUGUUCCUGGAGGCUGGGGAGGGGGCCGGGGAUGCCGCCCCUCUUCUGGGGAGGGGGCCAUCUGCUGUGCAUUCAGGCUCCGCAGAGCGGCUGAGCGCAGGAGGAAAGGAGGCGGCUCCCCUUUGCUUCCUGCCCUCCCCCCACCCUCUGCUCCCACCCCUAGGUAUGCUGCGCCCUGGGUGCUCACUGUUCUGCGACAGCAGUGUCAUGAAACGGGCAUAGGAGUCCCUUGACCAACUGGGUCUGCACCCCCAUGGCACGCAUUUCAAAUGCUAAAAGAAACCUGGCAGAGGAAGAAUAGUGUUUUGAAAGGCAGCAGGAUGGCUUCCUCCCUCGUCAGCCCACCCCCGCCCUCCCCCCGAAAUACUUUUCUUUUUUUUAUGUUUGAGCCAGUGAAUGAAUGAAACUGUGUGGUGGGGGUGUCGACCAAGAGUAGGGCAGGACCAAGAGCGGGGCAGGUGGCCCCGGUCUCCAGCUUCUCUGCCGCCUACAUGUUCUUGUUACUUUUAGCUCCUGCUCCCUUUGUCUCCUGCCCCCUUCCGUCCGCUCAUCCAGCCACUUCAUGCUGGAGGCUGACCGGACUCCUUCCCCCAGCUUCCCACAAGCCAGAGGGCACCAUUGUCUCUACGCAGGCUUAUGGCCGGUUCCCAGGGGACCGGGCCUUGCCUCUUAGCAGUUCAGAUUCCUGUUGUCCUGGUUUAAAUAAUGAGUCACCCCUCUGGCCUUCUCACUAAAGAGCCAGCCACGAACCCUCACUGCACCCCAGAUAGAGGGGAUCCUGAUGUGCCCUCGGUGACGGCUCCGCUCACCCAUCACCAGACUGCAACAGUGCUGUUCGGGGUCCGUUCUGACACCGUGUGACAAACCACGCCUGCAGUUUCCACGGCCCAGUUCUGCUUUGUGAUGCCCCUCUUUUUUCCUCCUGAUUUGCAUGCCCCUCCCUGGCCUGUCAGACCGAGCCCUUCCCCUCGCCUGUUCCUGUGAGGCGAGAAGUAACUGCGUAUUGUUUAGAUCUCGAAAUGGGUGCGUAACCUGCCCAGACCAAGUCAGGGGCUUAACAGAUGCCCGCCAGUUGACCUUGUUGGCAGCAAGACUGGUCGAAGGUGUUCUUCGCAGGGGUUCCGUGUGUGCUGACCCGCAGCCACCUGUCAGAGCGGGGCUGGCACAGGGGGAGUGCAGGACGUGGUGGGGGCGGAUCUGGUUUCAGUGGCUUUGGACAGAAGAGUGCGCUCUGAACUGAAGUGGGCGGCCACCUGCUAGGCCAGCCCACCCUGGGACUGUUAUUUAACUGAACCAGUUAUGUCCUUGACAUUUCAGAGUCGCAUGGGGCCGGUUUUAAGGCUCUGACCAAAUGGGAACCAUGAAGCACAUAGAGAUAACAAGACCACCGUCCCUUCUGCAAGGCUGAAGACCUCUUCUCGGGGCCGAGGGAGACAGAGCCUUCCCUGUACUCCACGCUUUGGACUGGUGACAUUCUCUGAGAGUAUAAUUAAAAGAACUUGUGCUCUGCUCUCAGGACAUCUUGGGUUUUGUACGGAGAAAUCCAUCAUAAGAUGUCCCUCUUGCAUAGUUGAAAGGAAGAUGUUCAUUUUGCUCAGGGGAGAGAGAACAAAUUGUGGGAGGCCCCACCAUGCACCUCCUUCCCUUAGCCCACACAGCAAAGCCAGCAUGAGAAACAGGGUAAUUGUCCUCGGGAGUGACAUCUGUCCCCAAGGACCCAGUGGGCCUGGUGGGUCAUCCUGCGCACCUGUGACUGGCCCCCCAGGCCCAGGGGUGAGUUCAGCACCCAGGGAGCAGCCCUCACAGCACAGGAUGGAAAUCCCUCCCUGAGACAACACGGAACCCCUCCCGGGGCCAAGCACCCUCUCGAAGCCACUGAAGCCACCUGUUAGGGGGUUACUAGGCGGUGGACACUCGCACUAAGUGCUUUGCAGACACCUCGCUUAGUCCUCACAGCACCCCCACGCAGAAAGCUAUUCCACGGGUGAAGAAUUAGAGGCUUGGCGGGUGUCACUUGGCCUGAGCUUGCAGUUACAAGUGGCAGAGAGCUGGUUCCGGAGUCAGGAAUGGGUACCCUCGAUGAGGCAGAGGAGGUGCUGGACCUACCCCCGGGGUGGCAAGUGCUUCCUAAGGCUGGAGGGAACAGGUGGCUGGGGGCAGGGGCGUGUUGAGCUAUCUGCUGAGAGCCAUGUGGCAGACCCUGGACCAGAGUCGGGGGGCGAGGGUCCUGCACGGGCCUGACCGGAUUCUUCUCAAGGCUCCGUUUCCCUUGUGAGAGCAGGACCCUAGUGACCCCUUGAGCCGACUGCGAGUUGCAAGUUUGGGGCCCUCGCUUCACCCUCUGCCUGGAGUGAGUCUGGGCACAGCCCGGAAGCCCUUGGUGGCUGGAGAGAUGCAGCUCUAGGAAUAAUCUGGACCCCUUUGUUAUCUUGGCUUUCUGAGGAGCCGUUCCCAAAUCAGAGAGGGCUUUGGUCCAAUCAUCUGCAGGUUUUUUGGAGCAUUUUCUCCCAGCCCAUGGGGGACUGAGGCCAUUUUCAGAAUGCCAGGGUCAUCUGCCAGUCUGGGGAGAGUGAGUCAAAUGCCCCAGAAGUAAAUCCCCGCCCCUCCCUCCUCACCCUUCGGCCUUCCAGCCAUUUCUAAAAGCAAAGCAAGCAUGUGGCUUUGUUUUAAAUUAUUUUAUUUGGUAUUAUAUA